GCUCCCAUUCAUUUCCUGAGAACUGCCUAAGCUGAGCAGCUGAGAGGCAGAAGGGGAGGGAGCUGAUCACACACACACACACACACACAUGCACACACACACGCACACACACAUGCGCACACACACACAUACGCGUACAGUACACACGGACAUACGCGCAGAGUGAGAGGAGCGAAGAGGAGAGGAGAGGGAAACAGUGUCCUGGUCUCCACGGCUCUGCAGCUCCUGACAAGGCAGCCCCAGAAACAGGAUGUUAAUGCUUGACGGAAUGCCUGCAGUCCGAGUCAAAGCUGAGCCCCUGGAAUCGGAACAAGGGUCACCUAAAGUGCGCCCUUACUCUGCGAUGGACGGCGUCCCUUUUUUCCUCAGCAGAGUUAAACCUGAACCUCCGGAGGACCUGCUCGCCCACGACCUGCACUUCCACACGCAGACGGAGCCCGUCGACCUGUCGAUCAACAAAUCCCGCCCCUCAUCCUUCCUCCCCACCACCACAAACUUAUCAUCCUCCCCGCUCAGAUCCGCCUUCUCCCCGUCCUCGUUAUCGUCGUCAUCCUCCUCCUCCUCCUCCUCAUCUUCCUCCUCUCCAUCAGUUAUCACCUCAGCCUCAUCGGUGCACACGCCAGGCCCCCUGGUCGCCCCUGGCGCCGGGCUGAGAGGUCAGCCGUAUUUGCACAUCCUGCACUCUGGGCCGCCUCCUCCAUCCAGCCCUCUGAGCCUGCAGGGAGCGGGGAAGCUGGGCAGCCAUGUUCACCGCAUCCCGGUGGUGGUCCAGUCACUGCCCCUCAUGUACACCACUGCCGUUCGAUCGCCCUCCAGCCUCAACAACACCAUCGUGCUACCUCUGCUGAAUGAGGUCAAAAGCCAGAGAAAAGCAUACACAGACCCCAAUGGCCUAUCGCCAAGGCAGAUCAAAAGUGACAGCGAUGACGACGACCUGCCAAACGUGACCUUGGACAGUGUUAAUGAGACCGGCUCCACUGCGCUGUCUAUAGCCCGCGCUGUACAAGAUUCCAUUUCCCCGUUCAGUAUUGACAGCAUACGUCGUCCCCGGAGGUCAGAGUCUCCGGAUUCCAAAAAGAGGAGAAUCCACAGAUGUGACUUCGAGGGCUGCAAUAAGGUGUACACCAAAAGCUCCCAUCUAAAAGCACACAGAAGGACGCACACAGGGGAAAAGCCAUACAAAUGCACCUGGGACGGCUGCACGUGGAAGUUCGCCCGCUCCGAUGAGCUGACGAGGCAUUACAGGAAACACACGGGGGUCAAACCCUUCAAGUGCGGAGACUGUGACCGCAGCUUCUCCAGAUCUGACCACUUGGCUCUGCACCGACGGAGACAUAUGCUGGUUUGAAUCAGACGGAGAGCGAUCAAGAGAUAGAGGGCGAGAAAGAGAGGGAGAGAUCAAUUGAACAAACACAAACAUACACACACACAAUCACGCAAACACACACAGGCAGCCGGGGGAGCGGGAUCUCCCUAUGAAUGUUUUUCAGCUGGCCUGGAUGCACACACACAUACAGACACACACACACACACACACACACAUAAACAUACACAAACGCACACACACACACACACACACACACUCUCAUCCGUCAGAAGGCGAGAAGACGUCGAGGAGCACGGAGCUCGCGGAGCACAAACAGGGUCACUUCUGGAUCCUCUUGGAGUUGGAAGGAGCAGACGGCAGGAGCUUUUAUCGGAGUCUAAUAGGGAACUGUCUUUUACAGCACUGUUCAUAAAUGUUUCACUUUGAUUAUGGAGAACAAACUCCUCAUUUGGACAAAAAAAAUGAUAUAUAAUGCAAUCGCAACCGUCUUUUUUUUUUGUGUGCUUUCUUUCUUUUCACUAUAUUGUUCCAGUUGCUGCUUUUUCCAGCAUUUCAUAAUGUGAAAGACCCCAUUGAAUGGAAUGGAUUAUUUUUGAGUCACAGGCCUGGACCGGAUCGCAGUGACCUUGUUGGAGUUAAGGGCAGUAUUGCUUCCCUCCGGAGUCUGACCGAUGAGCAGCAGGGGGCGCCACGUAACCGCGGAUUGUCUGCUGUGUGGUUCCCCUAGAAAUGCUAAAAGAGGGCAGGACUUUCACCUUCCCCUCAUCCAGCCAACAGUCCACACCAUCCCAGCCCGGACGGAUCAACCUCACCAACACCUCCACUGUUUCAGAGAGUCAUCCGUUUAUUCUGAACGAUUCAAACAAUGGACACGCACCCCAUGGCACCAGCAGAGAAGCACAACGUUUCCUAGCAAGACAUCAGUGCUGUCCUGUUUACGUCGAGCCUCUUUGAAAUCUUUGGUUUGAUUCUGUGCUGUGAUUAGCAAUCAGUAAAGUGCAAUCUUAAAGGAUAUAGAUAUACUUUCAACGUUUCGUUAAAUUUAAUCUUUUUUCCUUUUUUUCCCUAAAUGCCUGCUAAUUGCUUAUGUUUGACUCGGAAGAAAACAAAAACAACCCCUCAUGUACAGUGAACUUGGAAACAAUCAGAGGAGAUUUUCAGUAUGUGAAAAAGCAAAUGACAGAGGCACCUUACAAGACUCAUGCGUUCAAUCCUGUCCCCAUCCAUCGUGUUGUUCUUCUUCAGCUCUGUCUCCUCAGCUGGGUUCCACCGUGGAAGGAAUCUGUGGCGCUGGGGUUCAUCUUCUUAUUUUUAUUUUUUCCAUAUUUUUGUUUGCACAGCAGCACUUGACCAUAAGCUGACUUUGACACCGGCUGCAGUGUUACAGGGAUAGCGUGGUACCUGACGUACAAACCCAGAAGAGCAAUACACUCUGAACAAAGUGACGGGAAGGGACAGCCGCCUCCUCUUUGCUCUGUUUGCUGAUGAUGUCAAUAUCCUGAAGGAGAAGUUUUUUCUCCCCGGGCCAGCUCCUCAUUCCGUACCAUGCCCCCCCCCCCCCCCCCCCCCCCUCCCCUCUGUUAUCGGUGUGUAGCUCCAGCACAAGACUCUGAAUCCGACGUGUGUCAGUCAGAGAGUCACUAUUAAUCAUGUUGUUUUUACUUUGUUUGUCUCAAACAAACUUGAAAUGUCAUCACCUCAGACCAGAUAUAUGUCAAGAUUAUUGUCUAAUUCACCUGAGAUUUGGUUAUUUACAAUUCUGUAAAGAAAUCCCAUACACACACAUAAACAAAACAUGCACAUUGGCAUACAUACAAACAUUGUGCAUGAGCAUCAAGGCUUUUUUUGUUCAACUGCGUUUACUGGCAGAUUUAUCUCUUAGAACGUCACAUCACCUCAAUCAGGAAAUGCAAUUUGAAAGAAUAUUUUUAUAUUCAUAAUAGCCGGCAGUUUUGCAGGUGUUUCCAAAGCUCUUAAGCUGAGGAGGAGCUGCACACAUAAACGCAGAGUAUCAGACCAGCUCAUAUUAUUUGAUAGUGCUGCUAAAUGUAUCUAUUGGACCGAAGCCAGUCAAAGAAAAUGGUAACCUUUUUGAUAUUGCACCUUGAAAACCAUACACACAGACUCACACUCUAGUGCAUCUACAAACAAACACACGCACACACACACACACACACUCACAGGCAAAGUAGCCAAAUCCAGGAGGUUAUUUCCACACAUGCACCCAACGUAUGUGACACCCCCACCUUGAUGUAACGGAGAAAUGUAUGUCAUCUUUAUUUAUGCAUAGUGCUUGUGCACAACGUCAUGAAGCCCGGUUGUAUUAACAUUUUGGCAAAAGCAUAUCAGCACCUUGUUUGUUUCAUACUAUUUUCAAAUUAUUUUAUUUCAGAUGUUGAUUUAAAAACAAAUAAUCAUCAUGGUAUUAUUAUUAUUAUUAUAUAUCAUCCAUAUAAUGUAUAAGAUCAUUUUUAUAACUGAUGGGGCACUUCAUCAUUGCAUAUAACUUUUUUUUUCUUCUGUAAAAAGGAUCUUUUUGAAAUGUUGUAAUAUAUGUGAUAGUGAAGAGAAAACUUAUUGCAAAGUUCUACAUCCUGUAUGUACAUUGGAAAAAUAGGGCUUUUGAUUAGUAGAUGCAGGAAAUACAUUUAUACAUGUAAAGUCUUUUUUCAGAGGCUGUAAUUUAUCUAAUUUGGUAUACAGUGAAAUGGGGCUAAUGGUAUUCAUCAUGUAAAUUAUCAUAUGUGGUGUUAUGUAAUGGUUUUCCUUUUUUUUGUUUUUUUGGAGGGGGGGGCUUAGUGGUUAAACAAGUUCACGAUCAAAUGAUUUUAUUCCCAAGGCUGAACCAGUGUUUGCUAUAAUCAACAAAUUAUUUAUAUACAUUGACCGUAUUAAGGUACUCGAUUCCCUCUGUUGUUAUUUUGCUACACUCGGACAAAAAAACAGAUAUAUUGAUCAAGCACAUAUCAACAACACAUGUACUCUCCUACACAGUAUAUGACGUUGCAUGCCUUAAUACACCAGUUUUUCAAACAAAUUCAAUUAGACUUGGUGUCUCCACAGGACAGGGUGAAUUGUAUUUCCCGUCGAGCGUCUCUUUCCUCAUUUUGAAGCAUAAUUUUGCAACGGUAACCAGGGUCAAAGUUAUGCAAUAAUAAUGAAUAGUGCCUCAUAUCACAAACGUGUAACACCCACUGCUCUGUGCAGGGUUUCGAUUGCUCAAAUUAAUAAAUUUCAAAUGAGAAAUCGUUUUUUUUUCUUCUUUUUUCGGGGAUAAGUAAAACAAAAAAGCACAGACAACAUUAUGCAAGUCGGACCUCUAACGUUUGAACUUUUCCUUUUUUCGCACUGAGCCUUGUGCCGUUGUGUCAAAUGCAGCGUUCUCCCACAACACGCUUUUCACGGGCUGUUUAUAGCACGCAUUAUCACUCUGCUUGCAAUAAGUCACUUCCUCUGCGGGGAACAAAACCGAGUUACAAAGGCCUCUCGGUGUUUCAGCUUCAGCACAUUAAUUCAACAAAGCGAUUCCAUUGAAAGAUAAUGAGGAGUUUGACUCAUAGGAGGAAAAGAAAAAAAUCCUGUGGCUGGGAUUCCGGCUGUAAAGUGAUGCCUUUGUUUAUGAAUACUGAUCUUACGCUUUCUAUCAGUUCAAUAUCUACUUUACUUUCUGUGUAACAACUGCUUUUGAGUUCCUGGUUUUGAAAACAUUUUAAGUAGUGAAGCCAAUGCCUAUGUUUCGAGUUUGCUGAUAUUACGUACAGUAAUCGUUGUUCCUGUAUUUAUGUAAAGUGAGUGUAGUGUAUAUAUAUUCAGAUCUUUUCAUUCUUGCCGUAUAGGAAAAAAAAAUUAAUUGUGAUAUCGCUCAGCAUCGCUUCUAAAAGGGAGAUCUUGCUCAAGGAAUUCCACAUCUGUAAAAGAAAAUUUUUUAAUCCUGAUAUUUUUCAAAAACUUCAAGAACAGGUGUCCUUAAUUUUUCUUUUCUUUCUGUUACGCUUUUCUUUUUCUCUAAGAGUUGUUUAAGUAUCCAGUCAGUGUUUUUUGCCUUUAUCUCUGUAUUUUUCAUAUGGAUGGAGCUGUGAAAUUAAAAUAAGUUCAAAAAUAUACAUGUAUAUUAAUAUGAAUGGAGGCAUGAAGGUUAAUAAAGUUGCAUUUUGUAUGUACACUGGU